CUCAUUCCGGAUGGUGCGCAGGGCCAUCACUUUGUGUGGCUAGCUAACCACUCAAUCUACGAUGGGUGGUGCGCCAAUCGCGUCCUGUCAAUUUUGAAACCCUUGUAUGAGGGCCGAGCGGUGGACUUUGGUCUGCCAUUCAAGAAGUUCAUGUACUGGGUGGAAGAUAUCCUGCAGAUGGAUUCCGCGUCAUUUUGGGCGGCACAAAUGGAUGGCUACCGAGGAAUUGUGUUUCCCGAACUUCCCUCGCCAGACUGCCACGCAAUUGGAGACAAGUCCAAAGCUUAUCGAGUACCGAUGCCAGACCUAACAGGACGAAACAUCACCCUCUCAACUCUUUUCCGCGCUGCCUGGUCCUUUUGUAUUGGCCAAUACACCGGAAUCACGGAUACCGUCUUUGGAGCCGUUCAGAACGGCCGCAUGGGCGCAUUGCCGGGCCUGACCAGUCUGAUUGCCCCGACGCUCACUUUGGUGCCUCUCCGCGUUUUCUGGGACGAUUCAGUACCGGUGGCCUCUUUUAUCGAGGAUGUGCACCAGCGCAUCUUGGAUAUGAUUCCCCACGAACAACAAAGUCUGCCCAUGCUCCCGACUACCGACGGAAGUGGUGCUUCAGCAUGGGCAUUUCAGAGUGCCAUGGUGAUCCAACCGCAGCUCCAGGAGCCAGCUCUCAUCGAAGGCAUGCAAUUUUGCCGCCGCGUGCAUACCGAACAUGCGCAGCUGAUGUUGUUCUUUGAGAUCACGGUGUUGGCGGACGAGGUGGACGUAUGGAUCGAAUAUGACAGCAAUUUGCUCUGGGAAGAGAAGAUUGAUGAGAUCUUUGGCUCGUGGAGACAGAAGCACGGAGUCAAUGCUGCGGUUUCGUUGACGAGCCAGUAGGGUGGUGAUGAAGCGUUGAUAGACUGAGGCUGAGACAAACAAGGCUGGCUUUCUAGAUGAACAUAGCUCCAAUACAC